AAAACAUAUUUUAGAAUUCAUAACACUUGUAUAGUAUAACUUGAUUCUAAAAGAUGCAAAAUGUAAGCACCUGUUCAAUAUUAUUUUUUGGGUUUCUGCUGUGCAUUUCAAACUGUGAGGCAAAAAAUGUUACAAAUAACGAAUGUAUAAACUGCACCGUAUAUAGUGGCGAUUGCAAAAUGAGCACUACGGGAUGGGCUGCAUUUUGGAUGUCCACGGCGGACCAGCGCAUAGUUAGGAAACUACGCACCUAUACGGACGGGGAUCCACAUCUAGCUCUAUGCGUUAUUGAUGGUUAUGAGAUAACAGCUGAAAUAGAAACGUUUAUAUGCUUUUGGGCGCCAUAUAUGGGCUGUCAGGCUGCUGCCAGUAAGAAUUACAUAAAUAUACAUCAUAUGCAUCAUAUAGCUUGUCAAGUAUGUGCCAGAUAUUGCAAAUGCAAGAAGCAAAAGAUUACUGCGAAAGCUAGUUCGUCUUCCAGCUAUUUUGGAAUGCCUGGCAAAUGCUUAAUAUUUUGGCCUUUAAUAUACGCAUUCGCUUAACUUGAGCAUUUAUUCCUAAAGUUGGAAAACUCUCUUCGGAAAUAAAUAUAAAAAUACUUAUAUAUAUGCACAUUUUAAAAAUUAAGUAUAUAACUAUGUCUUGUGAUCCUAAAGAGAGUCAGUUAA